UUUGACGCGACUCGAGCGCAGUCCACAUGCUCACUAGUUCAAGAACACACGCGUUUUCGUAAUAGUGAUACUGAUGGCACCAAUUAAUUUAAUGGAUCUAUCUUCGGAUAGAAUAAAGGAGUUUCUGGAUUCGUUCGACCACGUGUUCUCAGACUGCGACGGAGUCCUGUGGACUAAAACUCCGUUGCCGGGGGUCGGAAGCUUUUUUGAUCUCAUGAAAAGACACGGCAAGACUGUGCACUUCGUAUCAAAUAACAGUUUACGGACCAAAGAAAACUAUGAGUCCAUGUUCCAGGCUGCUGGCAUUCAAAACGGUUUUGAAAAUCUCACGGUUCCAUCAAUAGCUAUAGCGGAAUAUCUGAAGUCUAUCAAAAUGGAAAAAUCUGUAUAUUGCGUUACGUGCCCUGAGACCAUAGCCGUGUUGACGUCAUACGGGUUCAAAUGCGAACAAGGGCCAGAUGUCGGUACAUACUACUACACUGAUUACAUCCAAUAUUUAUCCGAUGAUGAAGAAAUAGGUGCUGUCGUAUUCGACAGUGACUUUAAAAUUAAUCUGCCAAAGAUGUAUAGAGCUCUGACGUAUCUUCAACGACCUGAAGUGCACUAUAUUAACGGUGCAACUGAUAAAUACGUACCUUUGGUACCGGGAUCUUUGGCUCUGGGCGUCGGUGCAUUUGCUGAUAUAGUAAGUGAGGAAUCUAAACGAGAGCCUGUUUUACUUGGAAAGCCGGGGAAAAUGCUUGGUCAGCUUGCAAUGCAACGGGCUGGCGUAACCGAUCCUAGUCGUGUGCUAUUCAUUGGAGAUAUGAUUGAACAGGACGUGGGUCUAGGUCGUGCUACGGGAUUUAAAACCCUUUUAGUUCUAACAAAUAAAACAAAGGAAGAAAUGUUGAACCACAAAACAUUACAACCAGAUUAUUACGCAGAUUCCUUAGGCAGCUUAAUUCCAGUACUUAAUAGCAAAUGACUUCUAAGCUACUACGAUUUCGAAACUAUAAAUUUACCUCAAUGACAAAGUAUAAUAGGACUGUUAUUAUUUUUAAGUUAUUCCAUUGUAAAACCAUCACACACUACUUUCAAAGCUAUUGUUUAUAUUUUUUAAGAUAUUUUGUCAUACUACAUUGUAUAUAUUAUUUUUUUUAUAAUAAAAUAAUUUAACACUCAAA